AUGGCCUCUUACUUCUAUGUGCUGCUUGCCGUGAAUCGUUUCCUCGUCGUGGUCUCCAGUCCGAAAGUCACUCACAUGUUUCAGAAAAUUCCAAUCAGUUUGUGGCUCUUGCUGGGUCUUCUGUAUGGAUUAGCGGCAGGGAUUGGCUCAAAGCCUUUACCUUUCAAUUCUCGAGCUUUUGGCGGUAUCUAUGUGCCAGCGAUUGAGGACCUGAAAAAAGAAUUCCCGAUUUACCUCAAUCGUUGGCAUGAGUAUCACAAUUUAUCAAUCGGCGUUUUGGUCUUUAUUCUCUAUAGCGCAAUUGCGGGAAUUCUCAUCAAAAAACGCGGUGACACGACGCAGAAAAUUUCGAAAGGAGAAAUGAAUGUGAGUUUGCAAAUC